GUUCAUUCGAUUCAAAAAGAACUGCCAGGUUAAAAAAAAGAAAAGCCUUUCACAAGUGUUUUGUCUUCGACUUUUCCCGCUGGCCCUUGACACUUACGGAGCAUCGCGUUUGAGGUUCAGUUAGGCGAAUGCAAACCCGUUUCUUCACCGCCCGCAUCUGACAAGCAUCGUCAAGCAGACCACAAUAGAAAAACCAUUGGGUGUCUUGCUCUUUUUUUUUUUAGCGACAAUAUAUCUUUUUUUUUUUCUGGAAAUCAUGCGCCGCGGUUCGUCUGCCAGCGUCAGCAUGACGUCCUUCAAGGACGUCCGCUCCGAAGCCGAGAGAGCCGUUGAUGCGGCGGAAGGGUUGGCGAAAGGCAAAAUCCCCCUCAUCUGCGAGAGGCGCGGCGAUUGCACCCUGCCGGACCUGACGGGCAAAAAGUUUUUAGUCUCGCCGACCAUGACGGUUGGCACCUUCACGGAACUGUUGCGGAAGCGCAUUGCAGAGGAGGUGGAAGAGCCCUUCUACCUCUUCAUCGCAAACGAGGUACUCAAGGCAAGUGGGACGUCGAUGAAGGAUCUGUACCGUGCCUACAAGGACACCGACAACUUCCUCUACGUGUACUACGGAAACAGCACUACAAGCGACGCGGUGCAGAUGGGGUCCUUCAAGAGCUCGCACUCCCCCCUGGAGCGCGCGAGCGAGGCGCAGGAGGCCCUCGCGCAAGGAAAGAUUCCGAUCAUCUGCGAGAAGGCCGAGGGGAGUUCGUUGACGGACCUGGACCAGAAGAAGUACGUGGUGGACGCGACCAUGAAAGUGGGCUACUUCUCCGUUCUCAUCAAGGAGCGCAUUGCGGCACACGUGACGGAACCGUUUUACCUCUUCCUCGGCGAACGCGUGCUGACGGCGAGCGAAAUAUCGAUGCAGCAGCUGUACGACUCGUACAAGGAGAAGGACGGUCUGUUGUACGUGACGUACGACAACACCGCACCGGAGACCGCGGCGCGCGUCGGCGCGUACAGGCUGACGCAUGACGUCGUGGAGCGCAAGCAGGAGGCGGCGGAGGCGGCGGCGAUGGGCAAGAUCCCUAUCAUCUGCGAGAAGCGCGAAGGCAGCCAGGUCGCUGAUCUGGCCAACAAGAAGUUUGUCGUGGCGCCGACCAUGACCGUUGGCACGGUGGCGGCGGCGCUGAGCAAGCGCGUUGCCUCCGAAUUGGACCAGCGAAUUCACCUCUUCAUCGGCGACAGCGUCUUGACGGCGUGCUCCAUCUCAAUCAGCGACCUCUACGACUCCUACAAGGAUGCCGAGGACGGUUUGCUGUAUGUGUCGUACUCGAACGAGAUUCCCCCGCUCACCCCCCAGCUCGGGCAGUACAAGCUGUCCUACACGCACAAGGAGCGGAUGCAGGAGGCGGAGAAGGCGCUGUGGCUCGAGAAGGUGCCAAUCAUCUGCGAAAAGAAGGAGGGGUCGAGCAUGCCAGCCAUCAAUCAGCGAAAGUUCUUCGUGUCGCAGGAGAUCACAGUGGGGAAGGUGAUGGAGCUGCUGAAGGAGCGGAUUGCACAGGAGGUGAGCUCGCCCAUUUUCAUCUUCGUGCGUGGUGACACCAUCACGAACGUCCACGAACCGAUCAUGGAGGUCUACGAGGGGUACAAGGAUACCGACAAGUUUCUCUACGUCACCUAUUCUGACACCAACAAAUGA